AAGGGAUUUAGCCUGGAGCAAGUAAGGACGACCCCUAAAAGAUGAGGUUUGUCUUUGCCCGUACAUGCCUGGCACUAAUGGCCAUCUUGGGCGUGGCCUGCGCGGAAUGCACGGAUAGUGGGAUCGACAAGAAGCUCGAGUCUAUUAAAAACACCAUGUCAGCCAUGGCGCGACAGAUGAUGCUGCAGCAGCUAUUUAUCGAGGAAAGGAUUCGUUCCGAAGCGCAAUCCGGUGUGAAACAAGUCCGUCACAAUCGCGAGGGCACAAGAAAUUAUUACUCGAACACCCAUUCCGGACUUGGGAGUGUGCUUGCUAUCCACGACCACUCGAAUAAUGACCGCACGGUUGGGAUGGGUGAGUUCGUGGGGGUUCUGAACGGCGUGGAGUUCCGCACGAGGCAUAACGACUACCGUCUGUACAUGCCGCACCGCACGAGUGCGAACUACCACAGCGUGGAGAAUAUACCCUUCCCCGACGUACCCCCAGAGGUUACCAGCAAGGCAAAUGUCAGCGAGCAAGUGAAAGAGAUGCGCGAGUGGUUCAAGGCGUUCCAUAAUCAAGACCACUCUAUCCGCGACUACCGGAAGUACUUCAAACCCGUACUCUGCUACCUUGAGGGCGCGUGGACCAAGUCUACUUCCGGUGCUAUCGAUGAGGGGUUCGAUAGCGACCGACAUUUCAUCGAUGCUAAGAGCUGGCAUGAUCUUCAGGAAAAAAUCCGCUUUACUUCCUACUCCGGACGCAAAGACAACCUCGAGAACUUCUCCUUCCUCCCGACAACCAUCAUGGGCGUUAGCAACAAUGGCACACCUGAGUUUGCACAGUGGAACUACCGCAUUCUCUGUAACCCGAUCAGCCGCGAUAUACCGUUAAACAGGCUCCGAAUGGUCGACGAACUUGGCCCGAGGGUCGCCCAAAGACGCACAUACGAUGAGCAAACAAGGACGCGAAGUGCUCGAUUUCAGCUCAACCCUUUGGAUACGGACAAGUUCUAUGAGAGGGAGACAAGACGAUGGGCACUAUUGGAUGAAAUUAUGAGCGAGAUUCCAGGUAAAGAUAACUACCAGGGCAAUCUGACAGAUGACGCGUUUGACUUGAUGGCGUACAGUCUUGAGCCUGGUUCAUCCGAGAAGCUGCGAGCUGACCGGUACCACCGAUGGUUCAAAGUCGCCAAGAGGGGAGCAAUGGGGCUGUCUGCACGACAUCGAGGAUACUCGGAUGAAAAUCUGUUUAUGGCGAUGACUACACAAUCUAAGGUCGCAGGGAUGGAACUAGAAGUCUGCAAAGGAAGAGGAAAGAAAAGAGUUUGCAAGAAACAGAAACAAAAAUGGACCUACGCCAUUCCCCUAGAAAUCAUCUUUCUGACCCCCCUGAGUAAAUGGAAUCCUUACAACAUCGAUUAUAAGGGGGAUCCUAAAUACGCUCUUGGCAAAACAGUGGAGGCCGGCGGGCGUAACGGUGGCAAGACCCUGGCCAAGGCUUUUAAUGGGACACACAGCCGGGCAUUCUACAUGACGCCCACAGAGUUCUUUUCUGGUGAAGAAGUUGGGACGGGUGCAGCGGACACUACCAAGGGUGCGGUGGGUGUGCUGGACAGAUCAGGUACAAAGGUUCAUUUCACCAGAGCGUCCGGUACAAGAAUCUUUUUCCCGCCCAUCCUAGGUGUCGGUUCGAUACGCCAAAGGUACCCAAUUAUGCCGGUACACGGAGAAGGCUCAUCCGUUUGGAAGGAACUCGAAGCACUUAAGGAUGUGGUCCUUAAGUCCAAGUCAAAUGGGUUCGUUCUGAGGGAGCCCCUAAACAACGGUCCCAUUCCGACCGAGGGCCCAAGAAAAGAUCAAAGGUUCCAGGUGGGCCGAGCGCGGAAAAACCCCCCUGGUCCACACACUCAUGAGAUUAAACUGACACCCGAAGAGAUGGACUUUAUCAAGGCGGGUGGAUCUUUUCAGUUCACCACCACCCAGGGUGCAGGCCAUACCCAUGACAUGUUCAUUCGCUGGGUUACAUCUAAGAGGAUGUUCAUUAUCGAUACAUGUGAUGAUAAUGGUCCCGUUAACAACUACGUUUGCCGGGAUAAGCACACAAGAUGGCUCACUCCUAUGCCUGAUAUGUGAUGGAGUCUUAAGAUAUUCUAUGUUAUAAAUAUAAGUCUUUACGGUAUAGCUCAUUUAGCCAUCUGUGAUUGAUGUCUAUAGGGGUUAUGUAUUGCAACUAUCUUUAAAGACAACUAAUAAAAUCAUGAUGCAAAUUAAAAAAAA